CGCAAUGGCCGCCCGUCGUCCUGCGCAGGCGCAGUGGCCGCUCCUCUUCCCGGUCCCUCCCGCCUUCCCGCCGCGCUCUGGUGGCCCCUUUAAGGCGCGCGCAGCCGAGGGCCCCACCCAGAGGUCCCCCCCGAGGAGCACGUACUGAGAGAGACCCCCGCGGGAGGGGCCUGUGCCGAGGAAGGGGUCCCGGUGGCCCUGCCAUGUCGUGGCAGCGGCAGCGGUGUUACCUGUGCGACCUGCCCAAAAUGCCCUGGGCCGUGGUGUGGGACUUCAGCGAGGCUGUUUGCCGUGGCUGCGUCAACUUUGAAGGCACCAACCGUAUCGAACCACUGUUGGAAGCCGCCCGUCGCCUCAGGCACAGCCAUGCUGAAAGCCAGCACCGCGAUGCCCUGCCAAUACCACACUUGCCCGAGGGGCUAAACCACUCCGAGGAAACGACAGCCAAGUGCCAUGGGCCAUCGUUGCCGGUGCCAUGCCGCCCACGCGGUGUUGAGUGUUUGGUGGAGUUGAGCGAAGCCAUGCGCAGUCACGCCGAGGACUGGCUGGGAAAGCCGCCGGCAGUGCGGGAACGCUUGGCCACCCUCGCCAGCUGCACUCCCUUCAACGUCCGCUUCCGUAAAGACCACGCGUUGGUGGGACGAGUCUUCGCCUUCGAUGCCACGCCCCGGCCUGGCUUUGAGUUUGAGUUGAAGCUCUUUGCCGAAUACCCCUGCGGUUCCGGAAGCAUCUACGCCAGCAUGCUGGGCCUGGCAAAGCAGAUGUUCCAGGAUUGCCUCCAGGUGCCCGGCAAAGCCAUUUCCUCCGGCUACAAGUACCUGGAAUACGAGAAGCGGCAGGGCAGCGGCGAUUGGCGUCUGCUGGGCGAACUCUUCACCGAAGCAGUCCGCUUCUUCCGCCACCCGCCAGCACCCGAAGCCUUGCCGCAGCAGCACCCACUGCCCCCGAUGCUUCCGCCACGUCACCAUCGCAAAGCUUCACCGGAACUGGAUGAACCGCCACCACACCGGCAGCACCUGCCGGGUGAAACUUCACCUGAUGAACCACCCAGCGUUCGUCACCUGGUGGAGGAUUCAACAUCACUGAUGUUGUGUUGUGGUUUGUGCCGGCAACGGUUGGAGGACACCCAUUUCGUGCAGUGCCCCUCGGUGCUGGCGCAUCGGUUCUGUUUCCCCUGCGCCCGUCGUGCCAUCCGGGCACGGGGUGCUGGCGGGGAGGUGCACUGUCCCAGUGGGGGCCAAUGUCCGCUGGCCGGAUCCGGCCUCCCCUGGGCCUUCAUGCAGGGCGAGAUUGCCGCCAUUUUGGCUGGGGACAUCUGUAUCAAGAGGGAGAGGGACCCCCCAAAGGGACCCAGGACACCCCCAAGGGACCCCCACCUCCCCUGAGGGACCCCAAUCCUGCUGAGGGACCUGGGACCCCCCUGAGGGGCCCCCAACCCUGCUGAGGGACCCCUGCCCCCCCGAGGGGCCCCUGCUUCCCCCCCAAGGGACCCCCCAACUCUGUUGAGGGACCCCCAACCCCACCAAGGGACCUGGGACCCCCCCAGGGGACCCCUGCCCACCUCCCCCCGAGGGACCCCCGACCCUGCUGAGGGACCUGGAACCCCCCCAAGGUACACUUAACCCCCCCGAGGGACCCCUGAUCCUGCUGAAGGACCCAGGACCCCCCCCCAAGUGGACCCCCAACCCUGUUGAGGGUCCCCCACCCCCCCCGAGUGCCCCCCAACCCUGCUGAGGGACCCAGGACCCCCCCGCAGAGGGCCCACACACACACACCGUGCCUCAGUUUCCCCCAGGUGUUGUUUUGGGAGGCCCUACCAUAACCCCCCACCCCCGGGUAGGGGGGUGACAAGUGCCUGUCCCCUGGGGGGUGGGGGGGGUCCCCAAAGCUCUGUUGGGUUUUUUUUGGGUUAAUAAAGCAAUGUUUGUUU